GCGCUUCAGCCGCAGGAAGUCCGAGCCCUCCCUACUCCAAGCAUCCUUCCCAACAGUCAGAAGGGGAGAAAAAAAGAAGCCAAACAGGCAAAGUUUUCCUCCGACUCGCCAAGCAGGAGUCGAUAUGGAUAAAAACACGAUAGAUUCCCGUGAAUGAAGCAAACAACCGGUAGUAACUUUUUUUUUCUUUUUUCUAAAAGAAUGAUAACAUAGUCUUCACUUUUCUUGGUGUCUUUGUGUGAGCGGACGCGAAAACGUUAACUGCGGAAAAGUUUGGGUCAGACUAUGGCGCGAGAGAGGAGCGAAGACACCGGGAUGGACAAAGCUUCAAAAGCCAAAAGGCAACGAAAGAAAAAACCCAAGGAGCACAAAACCAGAACAGUUCACGCAAACAUCCUUUAUGACAGAGCCAAAGGAGAGGAAAAUCCCAACAGACACUACGCUAACAACAAAAUUAAGACCACAAAGUACACCGUGCUGUCAUUCCUGCCCAAGAAUCUUUUCGAGCAGUUUCACCGCUUUGCUAAUGUCUACUUCGUUUUUAUCGCUUUGCUUAAUUUCGUCCCGGUUGUUAACGCCUUUCAGCCUGAGCUGGCUCUGGCUCCGGUGGUUUUCAUCCUGUCUGUCACAGCCAUUAAGGAUUUAUGGGAGGACUACAGGAGGCACCGCUCGGAUAAAGAAAUCAAUCACAUGGACUGUCUGGUCUACAGCAGAGAGGAAAAACGCUACGUGGAGAGGUACUGGAAAGAAGUGCGCGUCGGGGACUUCGUCAAGCUGCGAUGUAACGAGAUUCUCCCCGCUGACGUCCUGCUGCUGAGCUCCAGCGACCCCGAUCGCCUGUGCCACAUCGAGACCGCCACGCUGGACGGAGAGACCAACCUGAAGCAGAGGCAGGUCAUCCGCAGCUUUUUCGAUCUGGACUGUGACUUCGACCCAUUAAAGUACAGCAGCAUAAUUGAAUGUGAAAAGCCCAACAAUGACCUGAACAGAUUUCGAGGCUACAUAAUCCACCGAAGUGGCAGAAGAGACGCACUUUACAAGGAAAACCUCCUCUUGAGAGGCUGCACCGUCCGCAACACGGAGGAAGCUGUGGGAAUAGUCAUUUAUGCUGGUCAUGAGACCAAAGCCAUGCUGAACAACAACGGCCCGCGAUACAAGCGCAGCAAGCUGGAGAGGCAGAUGAAUGUGGACGUGUUCUGGUGUGUCAUCAUCCUGCUGGUGAUGUGCCUGUUUGCUGCUGUUGGUCAUGGGCUGUGGAUGUUUCAGUACGGAGAUAAGAGACCUGUGUUUGACGUUCUUAGUCCUGAAGGGACAGACUUAUCACCCAUCAUGUCAGCCAUUUAUCUCUUCCUCACUAUGAUCAUCGUCUUUCAGGUGCUGAUACCCAUCUCACUGUUUGUGUCGAUUGAGAUUGUGAAGAUCUGCCAAGUGUACUUCAUGCAUCAGGACAUGGAUCUGUACGACGAGGAGACAGACUCUCAGCUGCAGUGCAGGGCACUUAAUAUCACAGAGGAUCUGGGCCAGAUGCAAUACAUCUUCUCCGACAAGACAGGGACGCUGACGGAAAACAAGAUGGUGUUCCGACGGUGCACUGUGGCUGGGGUGGAGUACUCCCAUGAUGCCAAUGCAAGAAGAAUUGCCAUGUAUCAGGAAAUUGAUUCUGAGGAGGAGGAAUGUUUGUCCCACGGAGGCACCCUGCCCAGACGGGACAGCGUCGGCAGCCAUCACAGCGGGCGCGUAGUGCUGCGCUCACACAGCACCAAGUCCCACCGCAGGACCGGCAGCAGGGCGGAGGCCAAGCGCGCCAGCAUCCUCUCUAAGCACACCGCCUUCAGCAGCCCCAUGGAGAAAGAUAUCACCCCUGACCCUCAGCUUUUGGACAAAGUCAAUGAAUGCAGCAGUCAGAUGGACUUCAUGCGCUUCCACCGCCAGCCCAUGUCCCAGCUGCCCUCUGACCUCUCUGACAUCAUCGAUUUCUUUAUUGCUCUUACUAUCUGUAACACGGUGGUGGUGUCCUCACCCAAUCAGCCCAGGCAUAAGGUCCGAACAAGGUUUGAACUGAAGUCCCCAGUUAAGACCAUUGAAGACUUCAUCAAACGCUUCACCCCCAGCCGCCUGACCUCGGGCUCCAACAGCAGCAGCUCAUCAAGUCUGAACCGCUCCUCCAACAAGGGAUGCUCCAGCUUGCUUCCGUCUCCUUCAGCUGAGAGCACGCUAACCAAACUAAACGAGGAGCAGCUCUCCGGCACCUUGGAGCACACCUUCACCAUCGAUCCACCCUCCUACGACGGAAAAACCUCUGGGAACCCUGAGGAAGGAGAGCUGCGCUACGAGGCGGAGUCGCCUGAUGAGGCUGCGUUGGUCUACGCAGCCAGGGCUUACAAGUGCUCCCUGGUUGGGCGCCUCCCUGACCAGGUUACGGUGGAGCUGCCUCACUUGGGGAAGCUGAAUUUCGAGCUGCUGCACACACUGGGCUUCGACUCCACCAGGAAACGUAUGUCGGUGGUGGUGAGACACCCGCUCACUGAUCAGAUCACGGUUUAUACCAAAGGAGCAGACUCCGUCAUCAUGGACCUCAUCAAACCCUCUGAAACGGGCAACUCCAAAGGGAAACGGCAGAAGAAGAUUUUCUGCAGGACGCAGAACUACCUGAACCAGUAUGCUGCAGAUGGCCUUCGCACUCUCUGCAUUGCAAAGAAGGUUUUGAGCAAAGAGGAAUACGCCCGCUGGCUGCAGCGCCACCUAGAGGCUGAGACAGCCAUUCAGGGAAGAGAGGAGCUUCUCUUUGAGUCGGCUUUGAGGCUGGAGACAAACCUUCACCUUUUAGGAGCGACUGGCAUUGAGGACCGGCUGCAGGACGGCGUCCCCGAGACAAUAGCUUCCUUGCGGAAAGCCGGCCUGCAGAUCUGGGUGUUGACGGGUGACAAACAGGAAACGGCCGUCAACAUUGCCUACGCCUGCAAACUGCUUGACCCUGACGAGGAGAUGCUGACGCUGAAUGCUGACUCCCAGGAGGCGUGCGCUGUGUUACUGGAGGAAAGUUUACAUUACAUCCAGGCCAAAUUCCUCUGCAGCUCCGGAGACCAGUCCACCAAGACCUUCAACAGUAACCUAGAACCCUUUGAGAUCUAUCCCUCCCUCUCCACCUCCUCCUCCCACGCUGCUCACUUCUUGGUGCACCGCCUGGGCUUGGUCAUCGAUGGGCGGACCUUGGCCUACGCUCUGGAUAAGAGCUUGGAGGAUAAGUUUCUGGCGGUGGCGCGUAGCUGCCGCUCGGUUCUGUGCUGCCGGUCCACUCCACUGCAGAAGAGCAUGCUGGUUAAACUGGUGCGGAACAAGCUGAAAGUCAUGACCCUGGCCAUAGGUGACGGAGCUAAUGAUGUCAGCAUGAUCCAGGUAGCGGACGUCGGCGUGGGGAUAUCUGGGCAGGAGGGCAUGCAGGCAGUGAUGGCGAGCGACUUUGCUCUCCCACGUUUCCGCUAUCUGCAGAAGCUCCUGCUGGUGCACGGACACUGGUGCUAUUCCCGACUGGCAAACAUGAUCCUGUAUUUCUUCUACAAGAACGCUAUGUUUGUGGCGAUCGUCUUCUGGUAUCAGUUCUACUGCGGCUUCUCUGGCUCGGCUAUGAUCGACCAGUGGUAUCUCAUCUUCUUCAACCUGAUGUUCUCUGCCUUUCCUCAACUUAUCACCGGCACUCUGGACAAGGACGUGUCAGAAGAGACGCUCCAGCAACUACCUCAGCUCUACGUGAAUGGCCAGAACUCAGAGGAAUAUAAGCCAUACAUGUUCUGGAUGAACAUGAUCGACGCCUUUUACCAGAGCCUGGUGUGCUUCUUCAUUCCUUACUUUGCCUACGCUGACUCAGACGUGGAUCUGUUUACAUGGGGGACUCCCAUCACAGCUAUAGCUUUAUUCACCAUCCUGGUGCAUUUAGGGAUUGAGACCAAAACCUGGACCUGGAUGAACUGGCUGUCGAUAGCCUUCAGUGUCGCCUUGUUCUUCACCGCUGCUCUGUGCUACAAUGCCUCCUGUCCCACCUGCUACUCCCCCUCUAACCCCUACUGGACCAUGCAGAGGCUGCUGCAGGACCCUCUCUUCUACCUGCUAUGCACCAUCACACCUGUGACCGCGCUGCUGCCUCGAUAUUUCUACAGGGCGUGUCAAGGCACGCUGUUUCCCAGCCCGGUGCAAGCUGGAAGGCAGUUAGAUAAGCUCCCGUCCGACACCCGCAGGAACAUCCUCAGUCUGAGCAGGGUCAAGAUGGGAUCACCGCUGAGCCCUGAGCCCCACUUCCUGUCGCUCAACAAGCCCAAAGAUUGCCAGAAGAGCGCAUCAAAGGAAAAACAGGGUUCUGUGUUACAAACUAAUAAAGAAAAGGGUCAAAAAAGCCCGUUGGUGUCUUCACGCUGUGAGAAACACCCCACAGACCUCCACCCACAAGCCCCUUCAGAACCAAACAUUCCUUCAUACAGCAGAAACAGUCCUCAGCUGUCCUGCAGGUCCAGCAAAGAUUGUCUGGAUGAGACUUUACAGCCAUCCGACCAGAGUCUGUCCAGCAGGAUCACUUCCACACCUCUGGUCUCACGGGCCGACAGCAUCCACCUGAACCUGCCCGCUGACAGAGCCUCACAGUCUGUUAAAUACACAAGGAGCUCAGAAGGAGAACUCUGCUCCGACCAGAGGGUUCAGCCAGCACAAAGAACCCUGCAGGCGGCAGAACCGGGUCUACACACUGCCUUAUGAUGUCUCACAGUGCAACCUCUGGCAAAAACUAUGAUGCAGCUUGUCUUUAAGUAGAGUCAGUAGUUUUACCAUCUAACAUUAAAACAUUUAGCAGCUAAACAUUCUCUGAAAUACAUAAACAUUUAUUGUUUUGUAUUGCUGUUGUGUUUAAUGACUCUUUUUUUAGGGUCAAGUAGAGGAAACACUAUAAAACACCUGAUUAGAGCCACAAACAACUACAAAACCCCCCUCCAGUGCUUAUUUUAUCGCUUUAAUAGUUUAUUGUAGAGUUGGACUAAUCAGCUUUGAAGACCUUUUUAUUCACCUUUAAAUUGGAUUUCUGCUCUUCGAUAUUUCAUUUUUAAAUAUUUUUUGAGACAUUGACCUAAGUCAAUUUUUAUCACCUCUAAUUUCUCUUUAAAAAUCUGUGAUAAAAAGAAAUAGAUAUUUUUCUAGCCUUCCUUCCCUGAUAAGGCGUUUUUAUUACUAAUUAUUAUUCAUUAAUAUUUAUAAGAGAAGAAGCAACAACAUGUCAUCUGUCGGGAAAACCUGUUGUCAUAACAUGGAAUUUUAUUACAUGUCUUAUUUUAAAACGAAGACAGAAUAUUAUUUUAUUGCAAUUUAAAAAGUAGCAUUUUGGCUAAUAUGGUUGACGUUAGCAUGACCAGUAUUAAUAUUACAACACUGUCCGUUUCUAUUUGUAUCUUUAUUCUCAGCUUUAUUUCAUCUUUGUAGAGCUGUAAACAUUUUCAAAUCCAGAAAGUCCAACAGAUUUAAAAAUAAAAAAUUAAAGUGGUGUUAGCCUUCCUGUUAGCUGCACUCUCCCACAGCCUGAUUUGCUCAGAAGCUGACACUUUGAGUCCUCCUUUCUCAGUAAAUCCUCUACAGCAAUAAGUGCUGUUGUCAGCACAGCCUGUUAACACUUACAGUGCUUCCUCUGCUUGAUCUUAAAAAAAAAGUGGUAUAAUUUACAUUUCCCCUAUUGCUUCAAGUAAAAACCAAAAAACAUCAGAAAGAAUAGUUUCUUCAUAUUGCCAGGGGUUGUAUGCUACUAAUACUCAAUUUGCACAAUAUUUCUUUUUUUAAUCAUUUUAAUUGUUUUCUUUUUUUUUAUUUCUUUGGUAUUUUCCUCUUUAUGCAUAAGGUACUUUUCUGUGUUCAGAUAAGUCAUUUACUUCAUAGAUUUGAACUGGAAAAUCUGAAAGUUUUUAGUUUUCCUCCUGAGACGCUUUUAGGUCUUAACAGAUAUGCAUCUCAUUAUUGAUCAGGUGACUUCGCACAGGGAGAGAAUGAAGACAUUACACUGCUGAGUUGUUUGGGAGGUCGUUUCCUGUCAGCUCAGCCUGUAGGGGCAUUAAAACCUGGAACAGACACCACAGUGACCUUGAAUCCUUGCUGGAAUGACUACCAAGGAAAAUCCUCUUAGAUCCUCUGCUGCUUUUAUACCCAAUCUGACUAUGACUGGGUGUGAUCAGUGAGCUCAGCUUUUUUUCAGUACAAUUUUGACAACGUAUUUGCGCUGCAGUAACUGAUAAACAGAUCGUUGAUUUCAGUCUGUGUCCACAGUUCAACAGUGCAAAUCGUUUUAAUUUCACGUUUAUUUUUAAAUGCUGAGACCCUGGUUUAAGGGUAAACAACAGUUUUCAAAACAGGAUUAAGAAGCCUUAAAGCCUUAACUGCACAAUAACCUUUUUAUGCACACUUUUAGAUUUAAGACUUUCAUUAAGUGGGAAUAAUUUCCACUUUUUACUUUCAAAAUUCAAAUUUCCCCCUUAUUUCUGUUCAUUGGUUUACCCCGACCGUCUUUAUUUAGAAACCUUCCAGAGUCCAUGAUGCCUCGCACUUUAACUGUUUUUAAGGAAGAGAAACAGGCCCACAGCAUCACAGAUCCUCCCUCUUUGUUUGCAAGGAAUCUAAAUUGCUUUGGCAAAUUUAUUUUCUGAUUUCAGUCUCAUUUGAGUAAAAUACACACUUCCUCUACUCAUUCCAGUAGAUAUUAGCUAAUGCCAUUUUUACAUUUGUUAUGUUAGGACUUACAAACAUCUUGGCGGCAUGGAGAUCGCUUUGAAUGGUUGUUAUGGAGACUUGAUGAUCCUAGGAUCCCAGUCUUUUCAUCAGUUUUCUAACUGGGGGCAAGAUAUUUGGCGAAAUAUUUUAAGCUUCUUAUCAAGCAGCCCGUGGCUAGAGAAAACAAUUUUUGGUCGUCUCAUGGUCAAAGCCCAGAAAAACUGGAGGUUGUUAAUCUAUAACCUAUAAAAGUGCUACAUUUAUUUAUCAGGAAUGCUGCUGAACGUUUGUGUCUUCCAACAACUGGACAGUUUUAAAUCUGAAGUCAUUUUCACACAAUCGCACCAAAUGUUUUAAAAAGAAACCAAUCAGAUUUCCUGGCUGCCAUUGGUCAUGGUGCUGUAGUUAGCCACAUAAAAGGAAGGUGGAUCAAACCACCUUAAAUAAGACUAAUUGAAAUGACAUGUCGUUUUGCUGACUCAGUGGAUUUCUCUGCACUGACAGCUAAUUUCAGUUAAAGGAAAAUAAUAAUCGGGCCUCUAUUGUUAAAAACCCCACAGUUGUUUGUUUUAGUGGUGUUUGGAUUUAAAUAGUUAUUUUAGUAAGUCUUUUUUUCCAGUUUUUUGGAUGUUAUUUGCCAAAUUAUAGGCUUUUAUUUCUAAAAUCAUCUUUGGGAUAAAAAUAAACAGGAGUUAAUACAGAAGUGUGCCAGUAAUCAUAAAAAAGAUAUCAGCUCUAGGCCAGUAAUUUGAGUAUUUGUGUGACUUAAAGAAACAGACAUUGCCAAGAUAAAAAGUGAGGGAAAAUCAAAUUAAUUUGAGGUUGUUUUUUUUACUCAAACUGCACAGAUGUUGGGGUUUAAGUACCUUUUUGAUAAGAUAUAAGAAGCAUUGCUGUUAUUGAGAAAAUAUUUUAAGGGCUGACCUUGCUACUAGCUAGCUCUAGCUAAGAAAAGCCAUAUAGCAGUGUUUAUUUAAAAACAAAUUUAUGUCCUUUUAUUAUAUCAAGAAAGAAAUAUGCUGUUGUCUAGAUACUUAUUUGGGUUUUCUCUUUGGGUUUGGCUCUUCUAAAGUCAUAGCAGGUUUUAGAAGAGCUAGGCUGUGAGCUUCUAACAGGUUUACUGCUAGCCUUUAAUGCUAAGCUAACUGUUUUCUUGCUGUAAAAUUGCUCUCAACCAGCAAACAGAAUACAGUUAAAGUUAGCAGCCUUUGCAAAGUAAAGGUUUUCACAGAUUAAAAUUGUCUUCAGAAACAUAUUUUAAAGUUUCUGUGAAGCUGUAGCAACUUUAUUUCAGUCCAAAGAUAAAGGGGCCUUGAAGCCUAUGUUAAUGAAAACCAGUAAAACCUCCAGUGAGUCACUGCUCUUGGCCUUAAGGUGUUCUCCUGUUUACCAGCUGUAAAGUCAUGUUUCAUGUUUUUGGUUUUUUUCUUACAAGUGGGAUAUAUUGGUGACAUUUUGAGCCUCUAGGAGGCAACAUUUCUUUCCAGUCUAAGUUAAGCUUAAUUUGUAUUUUUGUGGCUUUUAACUUGAUAACUAAGAACCAAAUGAGCAGGUAUAAUAUCAUUUUUGACGGUGCAGUUCAUUCCCAGCUCCUUGGAAUGUCAUAUUGGGAGCGUCUUACAUGCUUGUGUUUCGCUUAUCUGUAUCUUCCUGCCAGUUUUUCGCUGUAAACCAAAUCCCCAGGGCUGGACGGUCUUUCCACAUGAGAUUCCUGAAACAUUUGCACUUUAAAACUUUAUCAGACCAGUCAUGGAGAAUUUCUGUUGUGGCACAAUGUUAUUGUUGCAACACAAUAGGCUAACAGAAAUUGUGGGGUGUUAUUCUGCUUUUUUUUUUUUUUUUUUUUUUUAAACCAAAAGAUUAAUAUGUUCCAACCGGGUAUGGGAAUUUGCCCAAAUUCAGCCAUUUUAUUGCGAAGCUUUGGUAGCAACGUUUUAACUGGUUUUGACGUAGUUCAGUGUAAUUUUGUAAAAAGUAAACCAAAUACCAAAGAUAAUUUAUAUCUGACUUAUUUUUCUUAGCAACACUAUGUGCCUUGACACUGGAUAAGAAAGUGCUGAAUCUGUUUGGAUAUGAUUGAGCAUUUUUUGUUUGUACAGAUAUUUAUGAGGCUGAGUGGUGUCUUCUGCUCCUCGUGUUUGUUUUUUUCCAUUACUUUUGCACACAACUUCGUUCUCUGGUAUGUUGUCUAGAUUGAGACUCCUCAGUCUGUUCUGUCUCAUCUCUUCUACUCAUCCUGUACUCUUUGCUUCACACCGUGUGUGCCAGAAAAAAGCUGUCGAGUUCUGCUGCAUUGCUGAUUUCUACCUAUUGCAACAUUAAGCUUUUAUACAGCUUAAAGUGAUAAUUGUUUGGUUUUUUUUUUUUUUGGGAGGUUAUUCCUAUUGAUUUUCUCUACACUAACAGACAUACAUAAAGAGGGGGAUCGUCUGCUUUUUGUUCUUUGGUGUAAAUAACUUUUCCAGCCAGUUUCUUGUGAGUAAAAAGUUAGGAGGAAAUUGUGAAUUGUAUCGGUUCAAUAAAGAAUGUGGAAAUUAGCAAGGAUCGGAUUUCCGUUA